AUGGAGGAGCUGUCCAUCUAUUCUAAACUCUCGUACUUUAAAGUAAAUUAUGAAAAAUGCGAGAUCCUGCCAAUAGCAACGUCAAAUACCGCAACAAACCUAAUCAAGACAACUUUUCCCUUUAAAAUAACCACCUCCCACAUAAAAUAUUUAGGCACCAAAAUAACCCUGAAGGUACAGGACCUCUUUGACUCCAACAACACCCCGCUACUGCACACACUAACCAGAGACCUAAAGAAAUGGAACAAACCACACUUCUCCUGGAUAGGAAGAAUAAAUAUAAUUAAAAUCAAUAUCCCCCCCACCCCACCCCGCCUGUUAUACCUCUUUCAAACAGUGCCAGUGAGAGUUCCCCAAUCAUAUUUCAAAACCUUACAGAAAACUCUGAUGAACAUUGUGUGGAGCGGUAACAGAUCCAGAAUUGCAUUCACCACACUCACCAGACCAAAAACCAACGGAGGACUGGGUGUAUCGGAACCAUACAAGUACUAUUUAGCAACACAAUUUACCAUAAUCAUAGACUGGAGUAACCCAAACCCUGGAACAGGAAUGGGUACAGCUUCCACUGGCGACAUUACCAUGGCAGACACCACACCACAUAUACCUAUCAGUGACCGACACAUGUUGGAGAUGUAA